AACACGUCGAGCAAGUGUUAAACAAAUUCAUUAAACUAACAAGAAACAGUUUGUCAGUGGUGUAUUUACUAGUUACGUCUAAUUUAAUAAAGUGAACUGUGUUAUAAUUAUUGAUAGUUAGCAGAACAAUAUAGCAAACAUGAGCGGCCGUGUGCAAACCGUUCUGGGCGGCGUGUCUCCGGAUGUGCUCGGGCGCACGCUCCCCCACGAGCACCUGUCGAUGGAGUUCACGCACUUUUACCGGCGGCCGCCCGCCGCGCUGGCCGCCAAGUUCCCCGCCCGCCACAUCUCGCUGCAGUCGGCCGGCUACCUGCGCCAGUACCCCUACUCCUCCAAGUACAACCUCACCCUCAACGACAAGGACACGGCGCAGGCCGUGCUCAAUGACGUCAACAUGUUCAAGGAGUCUGGAGGAGGCACGAUCGUGGAGAACUCCGCCGAGGGCCUGGACCGCGACCUGUCGUUCCUGAAGCGCGUGUCGACGGAGACCGGCGUGCACGUCGUCGCGGGCACCGGCUACUACAUCGCCGACACGCAGCACGACGACUCUCUUCAUGCUACCACCGAGGAAAUGUACAAGCGCAUGAUGGCAGAGCUGAUGGAGGGGUGUGUGGCGGACAAGAGUAUCAAGGCGGGCUUCAUUGGGGAGGUGGCCAGCGUUUGGCCUAUCAGAGAGUUCGAACGGCGAGCGAUCGUGGCGGCGGGCGAGGUGGUGGAGCAGCUCGGCGUGGCCGUGAGCUUCCACCCCCACCGCGACCCCGGCGCUCCUGCCGAGAUCAUCCGCAUCUACCUCGAGGCCGGAGGCGCAGCUGAUCGCGCCGUCAUGAGCCACCUCGACCGCACCCUGGUAGACGAAGAAAAGCUCCUAACGUUCGCCGAGCUCGGCACCUACUGCCAGCUGGACCUGUUCGGCACGGAGGUGUCGUACUACCAGCUGGCGCCCGCUUGCGACAUGCCGGGCGACGCGCGCCGCCUGCAGCUGCUGCGCGCGCUGCUCGACGACGGCCGCUCCGAGCGCUGCACCGUGUCGCACGACAUACACACCAAGCACCGCCUGGCGGACUUCGGCGGGCACGGGUACUCGCACAUCCUGAACAACGUGUUGCCGCGCAUGAAGUCGCGCGGGUUCACCCAGCAGGACAUCGACCUCAUCUCCAUAGAGAACCCCGCGAGGUGGCUCGCCAUACACAAGGAAUUCUAAUAUUUACCACUUUACCUAGCCUCCCAAGGUC